AGUGAAACAUCUAUUGGACUUCUCUUGACUUGAGUGAAGACUUGUUGUUAAACUCUGUGAUUGUCAAUGGCAUCUCCUCCUCCAUCAUCACCACCGGAGAAGCCUCCUCUUCCUCCUAACAUAUUCCUCUCUGAAGACGAUCUCUUUUCAGAUGAAUGUCGUAAUCCCAAUUACGACACUGGAUUUCAAACUGCUCCUUCUUCUCCACCACACACUAAUCUUCCUACAGAUUCUUUACCACCCCACAAAGAAAGUACCGUUGAAAUAUCUUUUCCUUCUUCACCAAAGUUGUUGCAACAGCCAAAUAUAGGCCCUUUUCCGGAUCCACUUCAAGGAAGAGAUGCUGUACCGAGUCAUCAUUUGCUCAAAUUUGAGAAUUUCUCAUUGCUCUCAAAAGCUUCGAUAGAGAAAUACAGCUCGGAGUUUGAAGCAGGAGGCUACAAAUGGAACUUGUGUAUCUACCCAACUGGGGACAAGAACAAGGAUGGGGAAGGCCAUAUUUCUAUUUACUUGGAAAUGGUGGAAACAAGUUCUCUGCGUGCUGGUUGGGAAGUUAAUGCAAUUUUCAAUUUCUUCGUAUUCGAUCAGCGUCGGGACAAGUACUUUAGUGCUCAAGAUGUGACGGUACGGCGAUUUCACUGUCUGAAGACACAAUGGGGUAUCGUCAAAUUCAUCGAUCUGGAAUCUUUUAACGAUCCUUCGAAUGGUUACCUUGUCAACGACACCUGCAGUUUCGGUGUUGAGGUCUUCAUCGUUAAAACUACAACUAAAGCAGAGAGUCUAUCAAUGAUAAACAAUCCUCCGACUCGCAAGAUUGCUUGGACUUUCGCUAAUGUUUCGAAAACAAAAUGUCAAUGUUAUGAAACCGAACUAUUUGUUGCUGGAGACUACAAAUGGAGGUUUUUGUUAUAUCCAAAUGGAUACCAAGAGGAAGGCAAGAGGAACAACAAUAUUACCUUGGCUGUAGAAUUGGAUUCUUCAACUCUUCCAUUUGGCUCUAAAAUAUUUGUGCAUUACACUUUCCGCGUGGUAGACCAAAAGAAAGGCAAUGAUGUUGAACGAAGUGAUAGCAAACUGAUAUCAUCUGCUGCUCGAGGUUUCCGCGAUUUCAUGUCUCAAGCCAAAUUUAAAGAUUUAGAAAAUGGUUUUCUGGUGGAUGACAAAUGCGAUAUAGAGGUAGAGCUUAAAGUACUUGGCUUAGUUACACUAGAAUAGUAAAAUACUAGCUUUCUUUAGUUUUCUCUUCUUUUAUUUUCUUAAUGCUUUAGCUUAUGACUUGUAAACAUAUUCUUAAAUUGCUUUUUAAGAUGUAAAACUGCUUAUUAUGACUGGAUGCUCUGCAUUUUCUCCCUCUUAAAAGGUAAUGCUUGGGUAUUCUCUUGAGUUAUUUUAGAGCAUAUUCUAUAAUUGAUGUGUCAAUUGUAAAUUUAAUA